AUGAAGCCAGAAUUAAGUAUGCCGGAAGAUGACCCAAAUGGGAAUGUUAACACAGUAAUGGGACAAGCCAAGCCUCGAUGGGGUCCAGGACACGCAGGUGCGCAAACCUUGGCGUCUAUGUAUAGUAAUAGUAAGUGUAAAUGUAUAAAGUGAUAAAUUGCCAGAUAAAAGAUUUCAAGAAAUAGUGUCAAUAAUCAUAUCGAUGGGGCUGUUUGCAAUUGUAACAAUUUUGCUAUUGUUUCGUAUUGGAGAUACACAUAUUUAUUCGUUGGUACUGGCAGCGUUCGUUGGAAUAAUUGUGGCAGAUUUGGUUUCCGGUCUGGUACAUUGGGCGGCCGAUACGUGGGGAACGGUUGAUUCUUUUAUAGGACGGGUAAGUUAACAAAGAAUAUGCAAAAUGCAACCUAUUCCAGAAUUUUAUAAGAUCCUUUCGGGAACACCAUGUAGAUCCUACUGCAAUAACACGACAUGACUUUGUCGAAGUGAAUGGUGACAACUUCUUAGUAUGCAUACCACAAUUGGCCAAUAUAGCAUACCAACACUUAACCUUAUCAAACGAGGAGUUAGUGGAAGCUUUGCCGUCACAUUGGUUUUGGCUGUUCUUGGGAAUAUACAGUGCAAUGACUAACCAGGUAAAUUCAACGAACAAUAAAUUAUAACUAAAUUUUAAUCGCUAAAGCUUAUAAAACCGUUUUCAGAUUCACAAAUGGUCUCACACCUACUUUAACCUUCAUCCCUUCAUAGUUACUCUACAAAGGUUUCACGUCAUCCUACCACGACAUCACCAUAAAAUUCAUCAUAUUUCACCACAUGCUUGUGCCUACUGUAUUACUACGGGAUGGCUCAAUCCACCACUGGAUAAGAUUGGGUUCUGGAGGCACUUAGAAACCGCUGUGUCAAUAAUUACUGGCUCUAAACCGCGCGACGAUGACCUCAAAUGGGCUACAAAAACAGAUUAG